AUGGAGGCACGCAUGGUUGCUCCCAACUCUCAUCAUCGCGUCCAACUCCGGCCGGCUACUGGCGACAUAGAUGCCGCCGCAGCGACGAGCCUCCCAUUCCCAUACGGCCGGGACGCCGUACGACGAAGCAGGGCGGUGCCUGUCCCGUUGCCGCCGGAGAAGGAAAAAGGAGGGCGAGGAUGGCGCGCCUGUGGGCAUCCUCCCGACAACGCGCUCGCUGCGAUCUUCUCCCGGGUGGCCUCGGGCGACGCCGGGGUGGCGCGCUGUGCCGCGACGUGCAGGCGCUGGGGCCGCGUCGUGGCCACGCGCGCCGCCGCCAUCGCCCACGCCCUGCCCAGGCCCUGCGCCAGAUCAUUCCUUCCCCACCUCGUCCUCGGCAUCCUUCACGGGCCAGAGGACGGCGGCAGCCGCACCACCCGCGCGUGGAGGAAGGUCGCCGCUGUCACGGCCCACGGGCCGACUGGGCUGCCCGCCGCCUCGCUUCAUCUGGACUUGGACGGCGGCCUGUUCGCCUUCGCCCGCCCGGUGGCGUCCCGCAACGGCCGCGUCGUCUUCGAGCUCCGGCGCGAGGCCCGUGCCGACGGCCUCACCCUCUGCGUGUGCAACCCGGUGACGGGGGACGCGGCCGUGGUCCCGCCCCUCGCCGGCGAGGACUGCCCCGGCUACUACGCGUGCGCAAUCCUCACCAGGGAAGACCUCGACGUCGCCGCACCACCGCCGCGCUGCACGCUCGGAUUAUUCCGCCUCGUGCUCGUCUACAACCGCCGCGGCUUCACGGCGUUGAGGUGCUACUCCUCCGACGCCGGCAGCUGGGGUCCCCAAGGCCGGAAGCCCGGCGCCGAGAUCAGCAACCGCAUGCUGCAGCAGCUAGGUCCGGCGGCCGUGCUCCGUGGCGUAGCCUACUGGCCCAUGCACCGCGCGGCGUUCGGCGUUCGGCUGGACGGCGCGGCGGCGGCCGCCAUGGACGUGAGCUGGGUGCCUUACAAGAUGUCACACUUCCUGCCAAAUUUCCGGCUGCUGGGCGUGUCGCCGGACGGGGAUCUGAGCUAUGUCAGUGCGGGGAGAACCAAAAGGCGACACCUCGCCAUCAUCGUCGAGACCUUACAGCCGCAGAGCGUCGACGACGACAUGAGCACGGCGGCGGAUCGAUAGGAGAGGCGAGGAUUCAUCCGCCUGCCCCAGUUCGAGGUGCCAGGGGCAACGGCCCUCAAGCUGCGAUGGUUCGGCGAGAAGAGCGGCAUGCUGCUCUUCACCAUCGGAGAAGGCGGCAACCCCAGCGGAUCGAUGAAAGAGGAGAGAUAAAAUAUCACUGACAUGUGGGCUCCACCUCCAACGUGGCAUAACUCGGCAAAACAACUUGAUGGCCAAAUGUGAAUGGUUUUGAGAGUUGGUUGGCUGCGAAUGUCUGAUUUUAGAGUUGCACUGCCAAAUCUGAAUGUACUUGAUAGUUCAAUAAAAAAUGGACUUUACUCUUUUUUUAUUAUAGUUGCUAGCACCUUGAAAAAGAAACGCAACAACUAAAUGCUGAAAGAGAACGGUAGUACGUGGAUCUACUGCAAUCGGUCGGCCAAAAUAGA